AAGAAUUAGGCAGCAUCAGCUGUCAUAAAGGGAAAAAAUGGCAUCUUUGAGUUCAGUAGUCGCCACAACUACAAGAGCUGCAAAUCCAGCCAUUUCUCCAGUCGCGACGUCUCCUUUAUCUCCCACCUCUUUCACAAGGCUAUCCAAAAUCCCAUCUUUCAGUCUCUCUGCAGCUCGCAAAUCGGGUCUUUUGAAAGCUGUUGCGAACCCAUCUUCUGUUUCUGUCGAAAUGGAUUCGGAACAAUCGACGCAGAACGCCGCCGUAUUGCCAGAAUUGCUGACUGAAUUUAUGGUGGAUAUGACAUGUGAGGGCUGUGUAAAUUCUGUCAAGAAUAAGUUGGAGACUGUUGACGGCGUUAAAAAAGUAGAUGUGGACUUAACCAAUCAGGUUGUAAGGGUUCUUGGAAAUUCACCUGUCAAGAUUUUGGCUGAAGCAUUGGAGCAGACUGGACGGAAGGCCAGAUUAAUUGGACAGGGUCUACCUGAUGACUUUCUAGUAUCAGCUGCCGUUGCUGAAUUUAAAGGACCAUCAAUAUUUGGUGUUGUCCGCAUAGCCCAAGUUAAUAUGGAACUGGCUAGGAUAGAAGCCAACUUCAGUGGUUUGCCCCCUGGAAAGCACGGUUGGUCGAUCAAUCAGUUUGGUGAUCUCACAAAAGGUGCUGCAAGCACUGGUAAAAUCUUUAAUCCCUCGAAGGAUGAAAAAGAGCCACUGGGUGACCUGGGAACACUGGAAGUCGAUGAAAAAGGCGAGGCGUUCUAUUCAGGGGCGAAGGAGAAGCUGAGAGUGGCGGACAUUAUUGGACGAGCCAUAGCGGUGUAUGGAAGUGAAGAUAAAUCAGAUGAGGGUAUUGCAGCUGCAGUGGUUGCAAGAAGUGCAGGAGUUGGUGAGAACUACAAAAAGCUUUGCACUUGUGAUGGCACAACCAUUUGGGAAGCAACCAAUGCAGAUUUUGUUAGCAGCAAAGUUUAAGGUUCUUAUAUUGUAGUAUGUCUCAAGGCAUCAACUUGGUCUUAAAUAUAUGAUGUUGGACUUGGUAAUACAUUAGAAUACUAGCAACAGAAACAACCAGUUAUUCAUAA